AUGAAGCGAAAUCGUAUCCAAUUCGAGAUUAGCGGCGAUGCAUCCUCCACAUCUCCGCAAGGUGACUUCAUCCCAGAAGAUCUGCCACAGCAGGCCCAGCAUGUCCCAAAGAUCUCACGGAGGAUACGCGCGUGUACCGAAUGCAAGCGGCACAAGGUUCGCUGCGACAUGAAGGCAGGUGAGUCGAUAUGUUCGCGCUGUCAACGCAUGGACCUAGAGUGUAUUGUCAACAAAAGUCUGCAGACGUUGCUGGAGGACGAAGCAGAAUGGAAAAACGUGAUUGAGCUGGCAAUGACGGACCUGCUUAGGAAGGCUCAACUGCCAGAGCUAUCGUACUACCAUGCCGGCGGUGGAUCGAUCGAGACGCCUUCGAAAAAAAGUCGCCGGAAAGAGUCAACAGGGUCCCUGGACGAGACGGAGCUUGCAAUAGAGAAGGAUGGCGGGAAUACAUUGGUUUAUAAUUCUGCUUGUCGAUUGAUGAGCUCAAGUCCAUCGAAAUACCCUUUCUCGCAGCACCAAUCGCAAUAUUCAAUUGAUCGCGAGGAAAACGCAGCCACUUCGCUGGUGACAGCUCCGAUGGGUAGUCUGUAUGAGGUCACACAGUUGAGUGAAAACAGGGAGAGCUUACCUGGCCAGCGUCGUGUGCCUGACCAGGCAUUGGUGACUGAUUUCAUCUCUCGUGGCGUGGUGGAAUUACAAGAAGCGGAGGAAUUGUUCCAUCAUUUUGAACAAGUGCUCAAUCGCUAUCUCUGGGAUGGGGCGUUAUUAGCCCAGAAGGACUUGACGGCUGUUCGAAGAUCUUCAUCCAUGCUGUCUGCAGCAAUUCUGGCAGUGACAGCGCUGCAUUUGCCAUCCAAAGAACGCACGUUUGAUACUUGCUAUACUGAGUUUGCAAGGCUAGCAUCAGAGUCAAUGCUGGGACAUCAUCAUACUUUAGAUGAUAUUCGUGCCUUAUGCAUAGGCGCCUUCUGGCUAGCCGAUGUCAGCUGGAAGCUCUCUGGCUAUGCUGUGCGUAUUGCGACCGAGCGAAACUUGCAUCAAUUUUAUCGCAAGGCUGUCCAGGGCUCUCCAGAACACAAGGAACAGGCUCGUCUGUGGUAUCUUUUAUAUACGCUUGAACAUCAUUUUUCCAUCGCAUACGGCAGGCCACCCAUUAUUCACGAGGAUGCCAGUAUUACUCAGCACAACUCGUUUACACAGUCUCCAUCAGUAUCCCAGGGAGAUCUUCGACUCCAUAGUCAAGUCGAUCUAUUCAUCAUAUUAACCCGUAUUUAUUUUGCUUUUGGUCCCGACGUUGAUCUUGAUGUACCCGAAAGUGAUUUCCCCAAGAUUGACCAAUUUGAUUCGGACCUGGAUGGCUGGAAGUCGGCAUGGCUUCCUCGACUUGGUAGGAUCAAACAAUUCAUUUCACGUUCCUCGACGCCAUUUCUGACCGAUCCUAUAGUUGGAAGUCGACACGUCGGUGCAUAUCCAUAUAAAGCGGUAUACAUGCACUACCACUUCUCUCGGCUUCAAUUAAACUCCGUAGCUUUGCGUACCUACCACUCUUCAACAUCUUCGAAGGCCAUGUCACCAGAGCGGAGAAAGCGAGCUAAUAUCGCAAUUGAGUCCGCCAUUGCCACCCUGAAUGUUGUCUUGGGCGAACGGGACAUCCAACGGGCCUUGGUUGGGGUUCCAUUAUAUCUUCACAGCAUGAUCACAUUCGCGGCUGUAUUUCUUCUAAAAAUUGCAGCUAAGGCGUGCUCGACUGGCCCAAACGCGGGAAGACCUGACCCAAAAAACUCAAUUGCAUCGGCUGGACUUCUCGUCGAUGUAGGGUAUGUGCGGGUGUUGGUUGGGCGUAUUGUUGAGAUGAUGGUUUCUUGCAGCCAGAGAGCAAGUGAGCGGCAUUUGAGCCAUCAUAUCGCUCGUGGCUUGAGAAAGAUGCUUACCGGGUUGGAGGAAUGGGAAAAACGUAACGGAAGCCAACAAACUCAAGGUUUAACCUCACAAGAGGCACCCUCUCUCUUCAAGCCAGUCAUCAUUCCAGGGGCCCAAAUAUUAGGCGAACGUGAUACUAUAUUGACCCAUCCUCCGCCACUUCUGGGAGUGGCACCAUUGUCCGCUGAACGCAGUAACGGCUUCGAGUCUGUGAUGGGCUCGGCCCAGACCGACUCUGGUCUUUCUGAAGGAUCAAUAGAUCCGAUGAUGGCGGAUUUGUGGGGGUUUGAUGAGGAAUACUUUCCUACGGGAGUCUUUGACUUUCUUCAGAGCCAGAUGCCAGCUUAA